UACUGUGCUUGUGUUCAGCUCAGACAACCAAGAAUCUAGGAGAAAAGCAAGACUAGAAUCUGGCAAGACUAGAAUCCGACCAGUAGCACUCAGCUUCUAAACUAGUAGGCCAGGAAGUCACCGACCGUGUUGCGGUUGCGUGGGCCAUUUAAGCUCCAUUGUUCGAUUGCGUUCUACACCCGCGCGUGUCCUUGGGCGGAAUUCUCUACAGAAAGAGCCUUCUUUGAUUGUUAGAUUAUUUCUCGCGAGCGAGCUUCAUUACUUUUUUGCUUCCCAUCUGCAUAUUCGGAAGAAACCAUGGGUCGGAGAAAUCAUUCUGCAGUCGCGAUCCCGGAUGUUUCGGCGGCUCUUUUCGUCGCGUGCUUAGCUGCUGGAAUCACGUGGGGGUCCCACGUGGCUGCGAUAUCCAAUGACGCGCAAGACGAGGAGAGGCUAAUAGGAUGGAAGGGGGAAAGCUUCAACUCAACCAGUGAGGACGAUCCGUCCCAGAGGCAAUGGAUAGAGCUCAUCUCAUGGGAGCCCAGGGCCUUUCUGUUCCACAACUUCCUUAGUGCCAAGGAGUGCCUCUACCUGAUCCAUAAAGCAGCCCCUAACAUGGUCAAGUCAACUGUAGUGGACAGCGACUCAGGCGGCUCCUACAGCAGCAAGAUCCGGACGAGCUCGGGGUCGUUUCUAUCCCGAGGAUCAGACGAGGUGGUGACGGCUAUCGAGAAGAGAAUAUCCGACUUCUCCCACCUGCCAGUUGACCAUGGGGAGGCCAUACACGUGCUGCACUACGAGGCCUCCCAGGAGUAUCAGGCGCAUUUUGAUUACUUUCAUGAUGACAUCAACACGCGCAAUGGCGGGCAGAGGCUUGCUACUGUUCUCAUGUACCUGUCGGAUGUGGAGGAGGGGGGCGAGACGGUGUUCCCAGCAGCGGAGCUCACUCCCGCCAACAUUCACUCACCACUGCCACCGGAUUCGCAACUCUCCCAGUGUGCCAAGGGCAUGCUGGCAGUUAAGCCCAAGCGAGGGGAUGCCCUUCUGUUCUGGAACUUAAAGCCGGACACGACGUUGGACCCCAAGAGCCUGCACGCUGGGUGCCCAGUCAUUCGAGGAAACAAGUGGAGCGCCACGAAGUGGAUUCGUGUACAACCUCGACAUGGACAAUACUGAUUUAUACAGCGUGUACGGAUCUUGACCUUAAGAGGAAGCUUUUAAGUGGUACAUACCUUAUUGUAAAUUGUUGCUAUGGAGUGCUUUGAAAUAAGGUGUACAGAUUCGAAUAUUCCAACGCAAAACGGAUCGUAC